AUUUAACCAUUUCAGAUAAAAAUGCGCAAAUUAAUUCCUUCCCCUUGUCCCGAGUACCCAGACGCAGAGGAGGAUAUAGUUAAGCUUCAGGAGUUAGAACAAAGUGUGCAGUCCCUUGAAGAUGAAAAAGAAAGAUUAAAUAAGAUCACACCAGAGCAAUUAGAUAAUUUACAGCCAAGGUUUAAAGCUGGUGUUCUUGAGAAGAUUAAAAUAUGUGAAAGAUGUUUAUUGAACUCUUCAAAGAUUCUUGAAGAUUUUAAAAGUUUUCUUGUCCAUGAAAAAUACAAACAGUGGAAUUCGAUAAAGUGUUCAACGGAACUAAACCAAGCUGAAGAUUCUAGAACUGUCUUGCAAACAUUAAUCUUAACAGAUCCAAAUUCUUUGCAUGGAGUCACUUCUUCCAUAACAAGCAUAGACACUCCCCCCAAACCUGUUGCAGACAUUCCCUCCAAACCUGCAACUGAAAAUACCUCCAAACCUGCAGCAGAUAUUCCCUCCAAACUUGCAGCUAAAAUUGACUCCAAACCUUCAACUGAAAAUCCCCCCUCCAAACCUGCAGCAGAUAUUCCCUCCAAACCUGUAACAGAUAUUUCCCCCAAACCUGUAACAGACAUUCCCUCCAAACCUAGCAAAGACAUUUCCUCCAAACCUGCAGCAGACAUUCCCUCCAAACCUGCAGCAGAUGUUCCUUCCAAACCUGCAGCAGACAUUCCCUCCAAACCUGCAGUAGACAUUCCUUCCAAACCUGCAGCAGAUGUUCCCUCCAAACCUAGCAAAGACACUCCCUCCAAACCUGCAGCAGAUGUUCCUUCCAAACCUGCAGCAGACAUUCCCUCCAAACCUGCAGCAGAUGUUCCUUCCAAACCUGCAGCAGACAUUCCCUCCAAACCUGCAGUAGACAUUCCCUCCAAACCUGCAGUAGAUAUUCCCUCCAAACCUAGCAAAGAUACUCCCUCCAAACCUGCAGCAGACAUUCCCUCCAAACCUGCAGCAGACAUUCCUUCCAAACCUGUAGCAGACAUUACCUCCAAACCUGCCGCAGAUAUUCCCUCUAAACCAAUAGCAAUUAUAAGCAUAGACACACCCUUAACACCAAGCAUCACCACUCCCUCUCUGCCAAGGGCAGAGUCUGCAGUAGGAGUAGGAGUAGAAACUUCCAUCAUUGAAUCAAGACCUACUGUUACUAUUGUUACAACUGUUACACUAGAAAAAGAGUCAGAUCUUCAACUUAAUACGGAAAACCUUUCAAAUAUCAACCCUAAGGAAUCAAUGAACCCAAUACCCUGUUCUAGUUCUAGAUCAUUACUUGAUAAACCUACAAACCUCCAGCUUCUGACAUCAGAGGAACCAGGAACCAGAGUUCCGGAUACUAGAGAUGAAGGUGGCUUUCAGCAAAGUAAGGGAAUUAAAAGAAAACUGUACAUUGAAGAAUCACACAAUGAAUAUUUAGCAAUUAAGAAGUCUAGACAAGAAGCAGCGCUUAGAAGUAGAUUGAAGAAGAAAUCUGUUUUAUCUAAAAGCUCCUGUCCUCAGAAAUUCUUCCAUCUCAAAUGUCAGUUCUUUAAUGCUGAACAAUGCAAUAUAUUUUGUAAGGUUGACCGUGUGUACAGCAGCUGGUAUGAGCUUCUCGGCCAUAUGUUUCUGUUCCAUAGAACAGAGAUCUUAAACAGAACUUUAAAGACGGAAAAUAAGAUAGAACUGGUUUGCCCGUAUAACCAUCCUGUCUCAGGAUUAUACUGCGCUGCAGGAUACAAGCUAGUCAGGAAGUUAGAUGAAGAGGUGAAGGAUGAUGCAGGGUUUGAUGUACACUUUGCUCUUGCUCUGUUUGAUUUACAGAAACAUAUCGAGGGUUGGCAUAUUCCAGAGUACAGAAAUGAGAAGUGUCCAAGGUGUCAUGUUUACCCUGUCAUGAAUGGAAAUGUAAGAAAGAUGGAGUCCUGGCAGCUCAUUAACUUCUGGAGUCAUCAAGCUAUUCAUCUGCCAGAGUAUCAGGAUCGCCCGGACUGGAUAACCCUGUCAAGUCCCCCUGUAUGCUCUCCUACUAGAGGACCUAUAGGAUGUUGGUAUGGAUGCAAUUUCUGCUUCUCCUCAGGACUUGACGCAGUGCUUCAUUUGUAUCAGGUACAUCUAGAUGAAUUAUUGAGUAUAGAGGGCGUGGAAAAGAAGAGAAAAAUCUACUGUCCUUCUUUCUCCGGAUGUAGGUUUAAUCUAGAGUUCAUGGACCGCAGAGGGAAUGAGGAGAUGGUUGUUGGCAGUGCUCUAAGUAGUUUAUACUCUCACUUGAAUCUUCAUCACUGUCUGGAGGAGACACGUCUGUUGAUCUGUCCAACCUGUGGUCUAGAUCUUGCAGCAUAUCAGAACUUACAAAUCUGGGAUCAUCUGUCACAGCAUAAUAUUGUCAAACAAGCCUGGUGUUCUCAUUGUUCCAGGUAUGUGGACAGAUUACAGGUCGACCUUCAUGUAAGAACAGAUUGUAUGGCAGAGGACUAUCAGAAAUUUAAAUAUAUAAGUGUACUUGACUCUCAAUGUGAUACUGAAGUUGCACAGAUAUCUGAUUAUGUAAGAAGGAAAGAAGAGCAAGAGCUUAAAGUUAUCAAUGCAGCAGUGACCGCACAUAAUCAGAGGUUGACUGGGGGAGUAAAUCAUGUUGAAGAACCUUCAUACAACCUUCCAGCAGAAUGUGAAGCAGAGAGGUUACAGAUUAGCAAAGAAUUUCCACUUUCAUCAAACAAAGAUGCUGAUAAAGAAGCCUCCAGCAUGAGGGCUAGUGCAGAUAAUAAUAUUGAUGAUGAUGAUGACAUUAUUAUCCUGACUCCUGAAGAGUACGGUAGAACAUCAAAACCCAGGUCAAGUCCUGAUGAUGAACUGGAUAGGCAGGGGUUCACACUCUCCAGGGUUGAGAAGAUUAAGAUAGGAUUAGACAUUUAUCCUUUGUUUAACCAAACUACUCAGGAUAUACAAGGAUUCAAAGAGAUUGCUGUGAUACUCGAGAACAAAAUCUUCUAUGGUGGUGGGGAAACUAAGAUGAAGGCGAGGGAAGAUCUACUGAAAAAUGUAAAUGAAGGAAAAGAAGGUCAAAGAACAAACAUUUUGACAGAAGGGGUAGAUGUAAGUGAAAAGGUUUUAAUGAAUCCCGAUGAUUACUGCUCUAAGCUUGAAAAAAUGAAAGGAAACAAAAAAUAUCUGAAAGGAUUGAUCGAAAGAGAAAAGUUCAUUGAAGAUAAAUAUAAGCUAAACUUGAAUGGAUCCAUGUAUACCCAGUAUAGCAAGUAUCUUGGAUCUGAACAGGGUUAUGCUCUUCUUGUAAUAGAUGGAACUAGAUUAGUAUCUGGACAAGGGAGGACACUGAAAGAAUGUAGAAGACAAAUAAUAAACAAGUGGAAGGAUGUUGUACCUGCUGGAGAAAUAUGUUUGGACUUGCAACCUAGGGAUCCAAGGUUUCUCAAGCUAAUGUCCAGCCUUAAUUACAAGCGUAUGCCUGAAGAAGGUUUUCAUUUUGGAGGGGAACGAAUUUCAUUAUGGGGACAAUUCUCUGAGCAAAGUUUUAAUCUCUCUGGAAUUGUUCAAAAAAGGUUAUAUUUUGCGACAGGAUCAACGAAAGAAGAUGCUAUUGGCAAUAUUGUGGAUAAGAUAUUAGCUAAAAAGUCUUCAGAUAUUUAUUUAGAGCUGGAAAGACAUGAUAUUAACAACAGAGAGGAAGUAAAAGAAUCAGAAAUUAAAAAGAAACCUGAGCUUUCUGUUGAAGAAAAAUUGACAGCUGAUGGAUUUCAUUUAAAGAAUGGGGAAAAUGUAGAGCUUGAAGCCAGUACGUAUCCAGUUUGGUAUAAUGGGAACCAUAUUGCUGUUGUGAUAAAUGAUAUUCCCUAUUAUGGAACUGGCAGAUCUGUGAAGGAAUGCCGCGCAGCAGUUGUCUGGAGCUACCUGACUACACGAGUAGGAAGGAUCUGCGGAGAAGAAGAAAAGAGUCCUAACGUGUCUGUAGUUAUGAAAAAUUUAGAACAAAUAAAAAAUCUAGGUCGAGAAAAAGGUCCUGAGCAGUACUUAGUUCAAUUAGGGUUCAGAAUAUCUCAAUAUUUUGUUCUUGUUGAUCAAAUAAAAUACAUUUUAUGGGUACCCAGGCAGACGAAAGAUAUCAUAAUUAGUAUUGCUACUGUUUGCCAGUCCAUGCCCUUGAUAGUUAAAUACAAAUCAAGGGUAGGAGCAGAGGAGAAACUUAAAGCUUUGAUUAGUUUAAAGCAUUUUCUUAAUCCUGAAAUGAAACCAGGCAAAUAUGAGAACCUACAGGACAAAGCUGAGGUUAGGGAACCUCGUUCUGAAGAACAUAAAACUUCUGGAGGAGGGAAACCUGGAGUACGGUAUCAUGGUGUUGGUCAGUUCCUAUCUCAGCUCAAAGCAACAAUAGAUUCAGAUCCUGAGUUUAUAACCUCCAAUAUCGUCAAAUUAGAUGAGUCUCAGCCUCCUCCCCUCUCUGAAGCCUCAAAUGUGGAUGAAUGUAAAGAUGUGAAUGAAGUUAUUGCUGAACUACUGGGAGAGGGUAUUCCUAAAAAUUGCAAGAGAAAACAGGGAAAACGCAAGAACAGAUCCGUUGUUAAACAUAUUGAAAAUAUUGAGCCGUGUAGCAGGGUAAGCUUAAACACUUUAGCACAGAUUGAGAAGGGUCUAGAAGAGAAGGGUCUAGAAGAGAAGGGUCUAGAAGAGAAGGGACUAGAAGAGAAGGGUCUAGAAGAGGGUGAGAUUCAAGUAACAGAAAUGAAGGAUGAUUCUGAAAAGAUUAUUGAUAAAGAAGCAUUGAUGAACCGAAGACUUAAAUUUGUACAAGAAAAUCAUCCUAACCUGACUAAACCUAAUCAGUCCUCUCCGAACUGGUUUCAACAACUCCAGUUAAAUCUUCAGCGGCAUAAAUACGGGUCGUCUUCGCUUUUGUCCCUACCAGCCAACUCCAGUUCUCAAACUGAGUUAACAGAAGACCAAUUCCAGUACAAACUUGAUCAAAUGAUUACAAGUGAGAGUAGUGAGUCAAAUGUUGAUGAAAAACCCGUACCAGAAAAAACUACUGAAGAAGGUUCCAACAAGAAUUUGACUUCUCAAUUGUUUAAAGUGUUGAACAGAAGUCCGACGGAGAAAGAUAUUUCUUUAUUGAAAGGUAUAAUUGGUGAGAGGUUCCAGAUUGAGGGAGGAAAAAAUGAUUGGUUUAAAUCCACUCAAACUAAACCUGAAGUUUACGGUAUCGCCAACCAGGUCAUAGGAUACAGACGAAGUAAGGAAGAGAGAAGAUCGGAAGAAAUGGAAGUAGGAAAAGUGUUGUUAAGGAAGAGAAAGAUGAAUCUAAACGCAGUCAGUCUUAGGAAGAUGAAGGAGAAGAAGGAUUUGUUCAAGAUGAAACUACUGAUCAUUACUGACAGGAUGAAAAGCAAAGGUCUUCCACUAACUCCGGCCACCCAGGCUAAAUUUGAUCAAGUUUUCAAAAAUAAACCGAAAGUUGAAAGCAUGAUUAGAAAGAAGAUUAUUGAUCAGAAAGAAGAGAAGAAGAAGAUUAAAUCAAGGCAAAAGAAGAAAAGACAACGGGCCAGGAAAGCUGAACUGAUGUUAAAAGAAAUUAACUCUUUGACGGAGAAAAGCAAAGAAAAGGAGAACUGGCAGAACAAAAAGUCAGUCAGAAUGAAAAUAGAGACCAGGGAUUCUAACAAAUUAGAAUUUGAACAACCAGACAGUCUGGAACACAGUUCAUACGAAGAAAGGUUAAAAUUUUAUAUUCUCAUUAAAUAUUUAAAGGUUAGUCAAAAAUAG